UUUGCGAGCCAACGCGGGAGGGAGAGACCCUUUUGCAUAGAUGCCCUCCUCUGUGCCCUGCGCCCAUCAGAAGCUCUGGACCAGGUGGGACGCAGUGGCAUCUCGUAGAGGACACUCUCCCCUUUCCUGGACUGUAUGAUUUGCCUUGGCCCAGAGCAGAUUUUGGGUUGACUACGACUUAUGGUGACCCUAUGAAUCAGUGACCUCCAAGAGCAUCUGUUAUGAACCAAGUGACUUAUAGGUAAUAACAAUUGAAAGUGAAAAUGGAAAUGGACUGUCUUCAAGUCGAUUCCGACUUAUGGCGACCUUAUGAAUGGGGUUUUCAUGACACUUGAAAGCCGCUCCUGACUUGAAGGUGCAUCGUGGCCGCGGCUGCGAGAUCCCCAGAUCCAACUCCCCAGCGGGCAGCGCAAUGGCCUUAGAGGGACUGUCUGGGCUGCCCCUUCUCUGGGGUGGGGUGGAAAGAGCUGCCGGGCAGCCCCCUCAGGGUCCGGUGACCUUUGAGGAGGUGGCUGUUCAUUUCAUGGAGGAGGAGUGGGCUCUUCUGGAUUCUGGCCAAAGGGCUCUGCACAGGGAAGUCACGGAGGAGAUAUACGACAUGGUGGCCUCUCUCGAAUCGGACCUCAAUUCCUGUUGGGAAGAAGGAGAAGAUCUGCUUAUCCAGGACCCCGAAGAAGAAGUGGCUUCAUCAGCAGCAGAUGAUGGGCAGAAGAAGGAGAAUUAUAGGGAAUCACAGAUGAUGCCAUUGGUAACAACCAAGCGUGAAGCACAGAACGAAACGUUUGGAAAUCACAGGGGACCAAAAAAGUGUAAAAGAAACCAGUCAAAGAAUGAGAAGAAGAAAUCCUCUACUUCUAAGGCUUUGCAUCAAAGAACCCACACAGAGGAGAAACCAUUUAAAUGCAUGGAGUGUGGAAAAAGCUUUCGUCAGAGCGGUCACCUUACUUUACAUAAAAGAACCCACACAGGGGAGAAGCUGUAUAAAUGCAGAGAGUGUGGAAAGAGCUUCAGUCGAAAGGAUUCACUUGCUGUACAUGAAAGAACCCACACAGCGGAGAAACCCUUUAAAUGCAUCGAGUGUGGAAAGAGCUUCAGUCAGAGCAGUCACCUUACUUUACAUGAAAGAACACACACAGGGGAGAAACCAUAUAAAUGCAUGGAAUGUGGGAAGAACUUCAGUCGAAAGGAUUCCCUUACUUCACAUCAAAGAACCCAUGCAGGGGAGAAACCCUUUAAAUGCAUUGAAUAUGGAAAGAGCUUCAGUCGAAAGGAUUCCCUUACUUCACAUCAAAGAACCCAUGCAGGGGAAAAACCCUUUAAAUGCAUCGAGUGUGGAAAGAGCUUCAGUCGGAAUUAUUCCCUUACUUCACAUCAAAGAAUCCACAUGGAGGAGAAACCGUAUGAAUGCAUGGAGUGUGGGAAAUGCUUCAGUAACAGAAGUAACUUAACUUCACAUCAACGAGCACAUACAGGGGAGAAGAGAUUUGAAUGCAUGGAGUGUGGGAAAAGAUUCAGCGCUAGCAGUAAACUUAAGGUGCAUCACAGAAUACACACAGGGGAGAAACCAUUUAAAUGCACAGACUGUGGAAAGAGUUUUAGAAUGAGCAGUCAUAUUACCGUACAUCUACGAACACACAUGGGGGAGAAACCAUUUAAAUGUAUGGAAUGUGGAAAGAGUUUUAGUGAGAGCGGUAACCUUACUUUACAUCGCCGAACGCACACCGGGGAGAAACCAUUUAAAUGCAGUGAGUGUGGAAAGGGUUUUAUUCGCAAUGAUCUUUUAACUUUACAUCAAAUAACCCACACAGGGGAGAAACCCUUUAAAUGCAGGGAGUGUGGAAAGAGCUUCAUUGCAAAAUGUGGCUUGACUGAACAUCAACGAACCCACACCGGGGAGAAACCUUUUCAGUGCAUGGAGUGUGGAAAGAACUUCAGUGCUAAUGGUGCCCUUUCUAGACAUCAACGAACACACAUCAUAGCAGUAAACUUAAUGCACAUCAUACAACUCACAUGGGAAAAACCAUUUAAAUGCAUGCAGUAAGAAUCAUCACAUAAGAACAUAAGAAGAGCCUGCUGGAUCAGGCCAGUGGCCCAUCUAGUCCAGCAUCCUGUUCUCACAGUGGCCAACCAGGUGCCUGGGGGAAGCCUGCAAGCAGGACCCGAGUGCAAGAACACUCUCCCCUCCUGAGGCUUCCGGCAACUGGUCUUCAGAAGCAUGCUGCCUCUGACUAGGGUGGCAGAGCACAGCCAUCAUGGCUAGUAGCCAUUGAUAGCCCUGUCCUCCAUGAAUUUGUCUAAUCUUCUUGUAAAGCCAUCCAAGCUGGUGGCCAUUACUGCAUCUUGUGGGAGAUACAUGCUUUACAUGAAAGAAUGCAUGCAGGAGAGAAACUGUAAAUGAAUGGAAUGCAGAAUAACAUCAGUGUGAGCCUUACUCUAUGGCUUUAAAGUGGAGGACUGGUGGAAUCUAGGCGACUAACGUAGUAUUUAGCAAUGUUAAGUAUGUAGUUAAUGUUAAUGUUAUGUGCCUUCAAGUCCAUCUCAACUUAUGGCAACCCUAUGAAUCAGUGUGCUCCAGUAGCAUAUGUUGUUAACCACGCUGUUCAGAUCUUGUAAGAUCAGGUUUGUGGUUUCCUUUAUGGAGUCAAUCCAUGUUUUGUUUGGCCUUCCUCUUUUUCUACUCCCUUCUGUUUUUCACAGCAUUAUUCUUUUCUAGUGAAUCAUGUCUUCUCAUUAUGUGUCCAAACACCCAUUUAUUUGUCUUUUUCUAGGUCCAUGGUAUCCACAAAGCUCUCCUCCAGCAGCACAUUUCAAGUGAAUUGAUUUUUCUCUUACCCGCUUCUUCCACUGUCCACCUUUCACCAACUUUUUGGUUAAUGACUGUGCCAAAGUAUUGCUAAUCCUUGACAAGUUUAAUGUCCUCAUUGUCAACUUUAAAGUUACAUACAUCUUCUGUUGUCAUUACUUUAGUCUUCUUGAUGUUUAGCUGUAGUCCUGCUUUUGUGCUUUCCUCUUUAACUUUCAUCAGCAUUCGUUUCAAGUCAUUAAUGACAACAGAAGAAAAUUUAUGUAACUUUAAGGUUGACAAUGAGGACAUUGAACUUGUCAAGGAUUAUCAAUACCUUGGCACAAUCAUUAACCAAAAUGGAGACAAUAGUCAAGAAAUUAGAAGAGGGCUAGGACUGGGGAGGGUAGCUGUGAGAGAACUAGAAAAGGUCCUCAAAUGCAAAGGUGUAUCACUGAACACUAAAGUCAGGAUCAUUCAGACCAUGGUAUUCCCUAUCUCUAUGUAUGGAUGUAAAAGUUGGACAGUGAAAAAAGCGGGUAAGAGAAAAAUCAACGCAUUUGAAAGGUGGUGUUGGAGGAGAGCUUUGCGCAUACCUUGGACACACCCGGGGAGAAACCAUUUAAAAGCAUGGAAUGUGGAAAGAGCUUCAGUGUGAGUAGUGCACUUAAUGUACAUCACAGAAUAUACACGGGGGAGAAACCAUUGAGAUGUGAUGUGGCAUAGGCCGCCAUUAGAGCAAGGCCUGGCGCACUCGUCCGCCCAUGGAGCUGUUGUCACAUACUGCUGUUACCAAUAGAAGGCCUGGCCUAACUGCCCCUGAGGAGUUAGGGUGUAGAUCUGGUCUAGUGAAGCGCUUCACUGACUAAACAACCUUAAAACAGGCUUUGGCUUCUUCAUGGAGUCUCCCACAAAACAGAAGCCAUUGUAAAUUCCACAACAGAUAUAUGUUGUGUGGAAAGCGUUUCAGUGAGAAUCGUCACCUUACUUUAUAUGAAAGAAUGCACCCAGGGGAGAAACUGUAAAUGAAUGGAAUAUGGAAUGACCUUCAUUGUGGGCCUUACUCUACAUCUUUAAAGUAGAGGAGUGGUGGGAUUUUGGUGGACCAAUGUAGUAUUUAGCAAUGUUAAGUAUGUAGUUAAUUUUAAUCGUACAGGCUAUCAAAGAUUAAAGCCCUAUACGGCUUUGGGCCAAGAUACCUCUUAUGUAUCCAACUAAUCACUGCAACUCCCUCCGUUACAUAUCAGAUAUCUUCUGUCUCGGUUUUCUUUUGGGCAUCAACUGAAGACCUUCCUUCCCCCCCCCAACCAAACUUUUAAAUGGAGAUCUUUAUCCCUGUUUGUAUUUGUAUUGGAUUUUAAAAUACUUUUAAUCAUUUUGAAGUAUGAAAUGGUUUUGUUGGUGUUUUGGGGAAGCAAUUAAUAAAUGGAAAUAAAAAAGUAAUGCUAAUCCUAUGUAAUGGCCACUUUACCAGGUGCUUUCAUAUCAUUUAGUAUACUUUUAACUGUUGAUGUUAUUCAUUUUCCUUUUUAAAUAUGUGGAUUUUUAUUGAUAAUUCCAGUGCAUGUUUUAUAUUGAUCAAAAUGCCCUGGCAGAUCUUGAAAUGAAGAAUGAAAUUGAGGAAGCAUCCAAACUAUUAUUUAUUAUUAUUUAUUUAAUUUGUAUCCCGGCCUUCCUCCCAGCAGGAGCCCAGGGCGGCAAACAAGGCACUAAAAACACUUUAAAACAUCAUAAAAACAAAUCUUAAAAUACAUUAAGACAAGCCAGCAUUAAAAACAUUUUAAAAACUUUUUAAAAAGGGUUAAAAACAUUAUUAAAAAACAUGUUAAGCAAUUCUGACAGAGACACAGACUGGGAUAGCUCUCAACUUAAAAGUCUUGCUGAAAAAGAAAAGUCUUCGAAAGGCGUCGAAAAGAUACGAGAUAAUUUGUUGGAAGAUUCAGGACAGACAAAAGGAAGUACUUCUUUACUCAGCGCAUAGUUAAACUAUGGAAUUUGCUCCCACAAGAUGCAGUAAUGGCCACCAGCUUGGACGGCUUUAAAAGAAGAUUAGACAAA